AUGAUUCAGUUGCUACGCACAAAUAAUUCAUCAAAUGAACUAUUUACUAAUAUUGAUCUAAAUCAGAAUAAUGAUUUCUCAUCGAUUUUAUUUAUACGAUCUAAUGGUAAUAAACAUUAUUUACCAGUGAAAUAUCCUAAUACAAUUUAUAAAUGGUAUGAAAAUAUAUUAAUACAUUUAGAAAAGAAUAAAUUUCUUCAAUGGACAUUAAUUACUAUAUCGGAUUAUGAAGAAUGUAUAGGGUUGAAAUUAAUUCAAUGGAAUAAUGAAUUGAUUACAUUAAUUAAGCAGAUAGCACCAAUUUUACAACAAAUUGAUUUAUCCUAUUUAAAAUUGAAUGGAAUCCCAUCAGAUUUGUUAUUACGUUUUUCUACACGUUUAUUUUCAUUAAAUCUUAGUUAUAAUCAAAUUGAAAUGAAUAUUUUCCAUGAAAUUAAAUCAGUCUAUUUAUGGUAUAGAAAACAAAAACAUAAUGAGAAUACAGUAAAACAAGAUUUAUGUUGGAUUCAAACAAUCAAUGAAUUAUACUUAGAUCAUAAUAAACUUGAAGAACAAUUUCCUUAUGAAAUAUCUAAUUAUAUGAUUGGAUUACGGAGACUAUAUAUUCAAAACAAUGGGAUAACAAGUUUAAAAGGUUUAAAUGGUCUUACACAACUACAAGUGUUAAGAGCUGAUUUUAAUAAAAUUGCCAGUUUACAUGAUGAUUUCUUUUCAUUGAAAAAAAUUGAAUAUGUAUAUCUUUCACAUAACUAUAUUACACAACCGAUAUCUGGUACACGUUUAAAGUACUUAAACCAUCUAAAAGUGAUUGAUUUAUCAUACAAUGGUUUGUCUUUUUUACCUACUGUCAUAUUCAGUCUACCAUGUUUACAAACAUUAAAAGUUGAUCACAACAAUAUAUCAAAUUUGCCUGCAUUAAGAUCAAAUUCUAGAAUUUCUAAAGAACCAAUACAACUGAUUGAUCUUUCACAUAAUCAAAUUAAUGCAAUAUCUGAUGGUUUACUUAAAAUAACGAAACAGUUAGAUUUAAGUAAAAACAAAUUACGAAUGUUUCCUGCUAGUUUACUUAAAAUGAUUGCAAAUAUGGCUCAAUUAAAAAAGAUGAAACCAUCAGAAAUUAUUAAACUUGAUUUAAAUGAUAAUCCAAUUAUAUGGCCACCAUAUAAUAUUAUUGAAUGUGGCAUCGAUGCAAUGAUUCAAUAUUUUAUAGAAUCAAGAACUGAAUUACAAUCAUAUUAUGGUAUUAAAAUAAUGUUAUUAGGUGAUAUAAAUUGUGGUAAAUCUAGUUUAGCUAUGAGUAUAGUAGAUAAACAAAUUCAUAUGACAGAAAGUAUAGAAGAAACCACUUAUAGUAUCGAAUCAUAUACUAUACAUUAUGAUGCCAUUGAAUUAACAUCAAAAUUAUAUACAAAUUCAAAAGAAAAUUAUAAUGAUAAUCACAUAAAUUCACAAACACAAACUAAUCGACCAACAACAAUCACAAUAUGGGAUUGUUCUGGUUAUCUAAAUUAUAUACCAUUAAUAUCAUAUUUUACAUCAUUAUCAACCAUUUAUAUUAUUGUAGUGGAUAUAACAAAAUUAAAUCCUACAAUCUUAAUAGAUGAUAAUAUAAAAUUAAAGAAAUCAAAUAAUUAUUUUUAUCAAUCUGUUGCUAUAUGGUUAGAUCUUUUAUUAUAUCGUUUAAAUUAUCUUAAAUUAAUCUUGAUUGUUACUAAAUGUGAUCUUAUACAAUCCACAAUAGAAUUAAAUAAUAAAAUGAAUUAUUUAUAUAAACAAACAAUUAAUUAUAUAAAAUUUAAAAAAUAUUGGUUAAAAGAACAAAUUACACAGAUUGAAUCAUCAUUACAAAUAUCAAAAUCCAUGUUACAUUAUUAUGAACAAUUAAAUUAUAUUUAUAAUAAUUUAUAUACAUUUAUUUAUCCAAUUAUUCAAUCAUUUUCAUUCAAUGAUAUCAAUGAUAAAACAAUUUUUAAUUUUAAUCAAUUAUGUUUUAUAUCAUUUGAUUUAGCGAUUAAAACUCCAACUUAUAUACCAUAUUGUUUAACACCAUUACCGCAUAUAUGGUCAGAUAUUGAAUUAUAUUUAAAUGAUAUCAAACAUGAUUAUAAUAAUAAUAAUAAUAAUGAAGUGAAUACAACUAUACUACUGAAAUCUUAUUUUUGUCAUUUAUUACAAAAUAAAUUUAAUUUAAAUGUAUUAAAUUUAAAACAAUUACUUGUUUAUUUAAAUAAUACAGGUAAAAUUAUAAUAUUAGACUCAUAUUCAAUUAACAAUAAUCAUAAUAAUAAUAGUAAUAGCAAUGAAGGGCAAUCUUAUAAUGAUCAAAUGAAAUCCCUAAUUAGACCAUAUCCAAAAUUCUAUGUAUUAAUUAAUCCUGAUUUAUUUAUUGAAUCAUUUAAAUAUUUAUUAAAUCCUUAUUUAUAUUGUAUAAUGGAUUAUAUAAAACAUAAAAAUUCCAAUGAAAAUAUUUAUUUACCUAAAACAUUUAUCAAAGAUUUGCUAAAACAUUUUUAUACGAUUACAAAACAUGAUGCAAUGAAUCAAUUAAUCUAUAGUUGUAAUGAAUUAAAACGUGGUACAGGUAUUAUAAGCGCCUAUUUAUGGAUUGCAUUAGUUGAAUAUAGUAAUCUUUAUAUUAUUAAAAAUAAUAUUGAAACCGGUAAAUCCUAUGUUGAAAUUAUAUGGAGAUGGUUAGAACUUGCUUAUCCAGUACCUGAACCAAAUUUAUUUAUAAAUUUUGAUUUUAAUUUAGACAAUAAUGUAUCAUUAAAUGGAUUGAAUUCAUCAACUUGGAAAUUUAAAUAUGUAAGUAAAUAUUUAUUAUUAUAA